AUGCCAAAUGUACAUUCCGGAAAUCGCGAUGUAGGAACUGCAUCGGCGGAAACGGGCGCUCCGAAACCGAACGCAACGUGGGACGAACAGGGAUCAGCACCCAAUGAUGGUAGUCGACCCGAUCCUUACGGAUUGCUGGGACUGUUAGGUGUAAUAAGAAUGACGGAUCCCGAUCGCAGCAUGUUGGCUCUUGGUAGCGAUUUAACGACAUUAGGUUUGGAUCUGAACACCUCAGAUUCCAUAUAUUCCACUUUCAUCUCCCCAUGGUCGGAUACGCAGACCCCACCUGGUCUGAAUAUCGAACCUGGUUACUAUCUUCCCCCGUGCUACCGCAAUGUUCAGGCGACACCGGCAGCACAUCAACGAAUGAGGACUUUUUCCGAUGAGAUUUUAUUCUAUGUGUUUUAUUGCAUGCCAAAGGAUAUUGCGCAAGAAGCGGCAGCACAGGAGUUAUACGCAAGGAAUUGGCGGUACCACAAGGAAUUAGGGUUGUGGCUCACGAAGGAAGCGGAUGAGAACGGCCGACCUGUAGAAGUGUUCCGACGUACGUCACCAAGCGCACUGGAUAGAGGAGUAUAUGUAUUUUUCGAUCCUACAACAUGGCAGAAAGUGAAACGAGAGUGGACACUGUCAUGGGAUGCGAUUGAAGAACGACAUCAAACACCAACGAACGGUGCGGGCGCGACAACUCCAUCACAAAUGCCAUCUUCUGUGCAAGGAUCACAGCAAGCCAAAGGAUUAAGUAGCUUGUCAUCAGCUACUGCGCCACCUACCUCAGGUGCUACUACUAGAGGUGUGAUGUUAUAG